CUCUCAGGCCAGUGGCCGCUCAGCUCUGUGGUGAUCCUAGCAGAGGGCUGAGCAGAGCACGGCCCCUGUAGUGUUUGUUUCAGGUCACUGUGGGUUUCCUCAGGAGAAGAGGAGAUGCGGCACCCCAGGGUGUGAGAAUCGAUGGUGUGGAGACCUGGCAUCUCAGCUCUAGGGGGUCUUCACGGAGUGAUGUCUCUCUCACAUUUCAGGGACCCCGACCGUCAUGUUAAGGUAAAGCAGAGGGGCUCAGUGCUGAACAUGCUAAGGAGGCUGGACAAAAUCAGGUUCAGAGGUCACAAGAGAGAUGACUUCCUUGACCUAGCCGAGUCUCCCAACGCCUCGGACACCGAAUGCGGAGAUGACGUGCCCCUGAAGAUGCCACGGACCUCGCCCCGAGACAGCGAGGAGCUGAGGGACCCGGCUGGUCCAGGGACCCUCAUCAUGGCUGCAGGAGUCCAGGACUUCAACCGGACGGAGUCUGAUCGACUAAAUGAGAUCAAAGGUCACCUGGAAAUCGCCUUGUUGGAAAAACACUUCUUACAGGAGGAGCUCCGGAAGCUGCGAGAAGAGACCAACUCGGAGAUGCUACGGCAGGAGCUGGACCGGGAGCGGCAGCGCCGGAUUGAGCUGGAGCAGAAGGUCCAGGAAGUGCUGAAGGCCAGAACUGAGGAGCAGACAGCACAGCAGCCUCCGAAAAGCCAGGCCCAGGUCACUAACGGAGCAGACCGGCGGAGCCAGGGGCUGUGCCCCCGCGUGCAGAAGUGGUUCUUUGAGAAGUUCGGGGAGUACGUGGAGGACUUCCGGUUCCAGCCUGAGGAGAGCACCGUGGAGACGGAGGAGCCCCUCAGCGCCCGCAGGUUAACUGAAAACAUGAGGCGACUAAAGCGUGGCGCCAAGCCUGUCACCAACUUUGUGAAGAACCUGUCUGCCUUAUCCGACUGGUACUCCGUCUACACAUCUGCCAUCGCCUUCACUGUCUACAUGAAUGCCGUGUGGCAUGGCUGGGCCAUCCCCAUGUUCUUAUUUCUAGCGAUUUUGAGGUUGUCUCUCAAUUACCUCAUAGCCCGGGGCUGGAGGAUACAGUGGAGCAUCGUGCCGGAGGUGUCUGAGGUGGUGGAGCUGCCAAAGGAAGACCUGACCGUAUCCGAGAAAUUCCAGCUCGUGCUGGACGUUGCGCAGAAGGCCCAGAACCUCUUUGGCAAGAUGGCCGACAUCCUGGAAAAGAUCAAGAACCUGUUCAUGUGGGUGCAGCCUGAGAUCACGCAGAAGCUGUACGUCGCGCUGUGGGCCGCCUUCCUGGCUUCCUGCUUCUUCCCCUACCGCCUGGUGGGCCUUACCUUGGGACUGUAUGCUGGAAUCAAGUUUUUCCUCAUCGAUUUCAUCUUCAAACGCUGCCCGAGGCUGCGUGCCAAGUACGACACUCCCUACAUCAUCUGGAAGAACCUUCCCACCGACCCCCAGCUCAAAGAGCGCUCCAGUACUGCCGCCGUGUCCCGCAGGCUGCAGACGGCCGCCUCGCGGAGCUAUGUGUCCAGUGCCCCAACUGGCCUGAGCAAGGACGAAGACGCUGGUCGUUUCCAUGGCACCAAGAAGGGCAAUUUCCAUGAGAUCUUUAACUUGACGGAAAACGAGCGACCACUGGCGGUGUGCGAGAACGGCUGGCGCUGCUGCUUGAUAAACAGAGACCGCAAGAUGCCAACGGACUACAUCAGAAAUGGGGUGCUGUACGUGACAGAGAAUUACUUGUGCUUCGAGAGCUCCAGAUCUGGGUCCUCCAAGAGGAACAAAGUCAUCAAGCUGGCCGACAUCACAGACAUCCAGAAGUACAAGGUCCUGUCUGUCCUCCCGGGGUCGGGCAUGGGGAUCGCCGUGUCCACACCAUCGACCCAGAAACCCCUGGUGUUUGGGGCCAUGGUGCACAGAGACGAGGCUUUCGAGACCAUUUCCAACCAGUACAUGAAAAUCACAGCGGCAGCAGCAUCCGGCAGUGAUAGCUAGUGUUGUCUCUCCCAGGACAUGCUGGACUUUGUUUUUGUUUUUGUUUCUUUUUUAACAAUUUGGUAGUGGGAAAAAAAUUGGAUAUCCUCAUGAUCUUUUUGCAAUAAUUCCCCUCGAUCUGUGGUUUCUAUUGUGUUAACCUGUGUUUACAGACCCCUCACGUAGGGGUUGGGGCACUCAGACGGUGCCAGCCCGCCUGGUGGGUGAGGCACGUCUCAAACACCUGUGGACACAGAGGCCACUGGAAAGGAUGACAUGCAGGACACACUGUCCCAGCAGCUGCCAAGCACAUCUGCUCCUUCUCUGUCCGCACCUGGCCAGAGACCUGGCUCUCUGGAGGCCGGAAGCUCUUCCACACCAAAGCCAUAGCUGAAGGACAUCAAUGACAAGGGACACAGAGGCCCCUUCACUAGCCUUCACAAACGGCCAGUCGGUCUCACUCUUCCUUCAGUGGGACCCCUACCGCAUGUCCACGGAGCGCCGUCUGGCUCGGCCUUUGUGGGGCUGAGGGCUGCAGCAGGGCUGGUGGGAGGGCCCUUGUGCCUCAGGCCUGGGCCUGGCCCACCGUCCGUAGGGACCACCUGCCAUCUUGGCCUGACAAGCCGGCCAGAAGGCCUGUAAUGGGCACCUGACGCAGAUAUGGAGUGUCGUGUAGGUAGGAGCAUCUUUUUAACACUUUGCUGUUUGGAAAGGCCCAGAAUGUCCCUCAGGCUCUCGAGGGUGCUCAGGCUUCUGUGGCUGUCAGGUGAAAACCAGCAGUGGCGUGGCAGGUGCCAGCCUCCAGGUGACGGAGGGGCUCCGGGGCUCAGGUGGGCCAAGCAGUGCAGGACUUGGGAGGACACUUUGGAGAGUGACCGUGGGCAGAGCCCAGAGGUUUGUUGCCAGCAAUCUGCAGUGUUCCACGUCCCUGCACUGGCGUGCACGUGGGUGGGAGUGAGCCCCUGCCCCCUCCAGCUGGUCUGCGCUCCGCCCCACCUAGGAAGCCACAGCCCUCGUGCGGGUGGCCAGGCUCGGUCCAUUCUGGGGCAGCCCUGGAAGCCAGAGGGGGUCAGGCAGGCUGGUGGCCUCUGCAAAGGACGCGCUCGUGGGGUUGGGGCGGGUUGGCAUGGCCGCCUCCCGGUCCGCGCACUUCCCAAUGUGGAUUCCUCCACUUCCUUGACUUGUCCUGAGUCCUUUGGAUGUCACUGAGAUUGUUGUUUUUUGAAGAAACAGAAGAUUAUAUUUUUUACAGAGA